AUGCCGCCGAUACGCUCUAAAAGCUUUCUGGUCGGAGGACCUAAUGGCCCACAACAGUACCCGCAACAGCAGCAGCGUCAGCAGCAUCAGCAACAACACCAACAACAUCAACUGCACCAGCAACAGAUGCAACAGAUGCAGCAGAUGCAGCAGCUGCAGCAGCUGCAGCAACUGCAGCAGCAUCGGAAUCAGCACCAGCAACAGCACCAACAACAGCACCAACAACAGCAUCAACAACAACCAUCUAUGCAACAAAUGCAACAGCUGCACUACUUUCUUCCAGACCAUUUAUCGCUGCAUGACCUUGCUCUGUCGCACGGAAUUCCCUUCAUCACGCUAGCCAACGGCAGUGCCGUGGGCCGAAACGAAACCACCAUCCCUGAUAAUGUACCCAACAGUAUUUCUCUCCCAGGAACCCCGCGUGGGGGAGGUGGAUCCACAGACUCAACUUCUUCUCCAAGUCCAAUACCAGCCGGAACCCCUGGGGGCAGUGGGCGGCGGACAACUCCCAUGUCUCGUGACCAGUACAUGCAUUUUGCUCGGUACGAGGAGCGGAUUCUUGAAAGCGUUUUCCUCAACUGUACACAUAGCCAGUCAAAGCUGCCGCGCAGCUUUUACUUCAAUAUUAUGAACAUGAUGAUCCAGGAAGAAGGCGUGGACAUUGAUGAGAUUAUGGACCUGGAUUCACCUCAUGGAACUCAUUUUAGCGUUGGCAAAACGCAGGAACGUCGUGCAGCGCAGUACCCAUACCCACUAUCAAAUAACAAUUCUGAGCGCAAUAAUAUGAACCCAUUACCCUCGCACAGCUCUCGGCCUCCUAAUAGCGGAUAUAGCUAUGGGGGUGGAGGUUUUGGAGGAAAUAACGGUGCUACAAGUGGAGGCACUACCACGAAUACUCUUGGACUUUCGCAAUCAUGGAUGCAAGGGUUUUUGGUUCGCCACGAUAAACUUUUCCGCCGAGUGUGCAAGUCUGUAGGAACGUGCGAUAUUGAUACAUACGACCUGUGGUUUUGCGAGUUUUUGUCUGGAAUCCAUGAUCGGGACAUUGCCAUGGAGAACAUUUACAACAUGGUGGAUACCAACGUAUACAGAGGGUCAUCUUCGGAAGAGGACUCAGGCAACCGAGUGAUUCGUGACGGCGGCGCAAGCUACUUUCUGACGCUAGGGCAGGCUCAACAAGAGCGGCAGAAGGUUGUUUCACAUGCAGAGCAAGUGUGUGCGUCGACGAUAGAGGCCAUUUGUGCGGACGGAAGUGCGGUUGCACCGUUUAUGAAUGUCAACCAAGGAAUGGUAAACCUGGAUGCUGGGAGUGUGGUUUCUGCCGAGAUGGUACAACGGUUUCAACAAAAGGGAUGGACGUUUCAUGGUACCAAGGACGGCUGGAUAGGUCCUGAAGCGGCGUACGCGUGGCUGGUGAAGCAUUUCGAUGUACGGACACGCGACAAGGCCAAGGGCCGAUUGCGUGCGUUAGUGAUGAGUGGAGAGCUGCGGCACUUGUCGUUUCGAUUUUUGCGGUAUGCUGCCGAAAAUGGGAUUGUUUUAUUUUUUUUCCCUGCACGCAUGGGGCAAGAGGUGCUACAGCCCUUUAGCGUGGGGCCUGGGCGAUACUUACGGACGCUUGAUCCAGUGAUGCAGGCGAUUCGGGAGGCGCUGUUUGGGGCCGAGACUGUGCGAUGGUCCGAGUUUUUCGACAUUUGUUCACAAGCGCGGUUAAUUGGAUUGAGCGGGAGCAAAGUGCGGGAUGGCUGGAAGGGUUCUGGGCUGGUGCCGUUUGAUCCUGGACUAGUUGUUGGAGCGCAGUUCCCUGGGAUUAAAAAUCCUCCAUUACUUGUGAAGCAGUUGGAGAUUAAGUAUAAGCAUGAUGAUGAGCAACAGCGGAAACAAACGUCAGCAAUUUUGAAGAGUUUAGGAGGGGAAAGUGCAGGGACUACAGUUAAUGGUGGGAAUAGUGAUUUGGCAGAGUACAGCAGUUAUAGUAGCAAGAUGGGUCAGAAGCAGUUGGCUAAGGGAGGACGGAAAAACAAGAAGGUGGAUGAUGGCAGUGUUGGUAAUGUUGGUAAUGUUGGUAAUGUUGGUAAUGUUGGUGGUACCGGUGGAUCAAGUGAAUCUUUGAUUCUUGCAAGGCAGUUACACGUGCGAAUGAGGGAGCUUAUUCCAAGUGAUGCUACGCAGUUUGCGAUAUCGAUGAGUACGUUUAGCGCACUGUACAAGGCACUUGGAGAGUUGGUUGAGAGUUUAGAGAACAACGGUAGUGUUGGCAAUGGUGUUAGCAAUGGUGUUGGCAGCACUAACAAUAAUUGUAGCAGUAGCAGCCUCAGCAUCAGCAGCAGCAGCGGCAACAACAUUGGCGGUAUAAACAGCAUAAACAACAACAAUAAUAACAACAGUAAUAGCAAUAACAAUAAUAACAACAAUAAUAAUAAUAAGAUUAUGAAGCGCCGGGAGAGUGCAGCAGAAAUCGUGUUAUCGUUUUAUAAUAAUACAAGUGGCGGGUUAAGUCGACGCAACAGUUCUGAGACUCGUGUUAUGGAUAAUGGAGGGAAUGGUGGGUUAGUUGGUCGGAGUGGCAGCAGAGUUUUGUUGAAUUCUGGUGUGCAACAACAGCAACAGCAGCAACAGCAGCAACAGCAGCAGCAACAGCAGUCGCAGGCACCAACGAAAGCAAAGCAGCAGCAGCAGCAGCAGCAGCAGUCGCAGGCACCCUCGAAAGCGCAGCAGCAGCAGCAGCAACAGCAACAGUCGCAGGCACCCACGAAAGCACAGCAGCAGUCUCUGCCAAGCGCGUCAAGUUCGGGUGUUCCUGCGGCAGGCAGUGGAGGUGGGAGUGGGGUGCAGCAUAAUAAUAAUAAUAAUAAUAAUAAUAAUAAUAAUAAUAGCCAACAAAAAUCACAGAAUUCACAACAACAACAACAACAACAGCAUAAUAAUAAUAAUAAUAAUAAUAAUAAUAAUAAUAAUAAUAAUAGUAACAAGAACAAUUUACGAUACAUGGAAAGAUCUUCAUCUUCAUCUUCAUUAUCAUCAUUAUCAGAUAACAACCACAACAACAACAACACCAACAACCAAAGUAAUGGUCGACGAGGAGAAAAUGGUGGAAAUGGUGGAAAUGGUGGAAAUGGUGGAAAUGGUGGAAAUGAAGGAAGAAUUGUUGACAAUUUGUUGGAGCCCUCAUUGGAUGUAUUUGAGGAAUUUGGGUUUUCGCGGCGCCGGGAGAGUAUGAAUGGCGGAGGUCCCAAUUUGAGUCACAGCCAUUAUAAUGUUGUUAGUUUGAACAAUAACAAUAAUUUCAAUAAUUUGGGGAUGAACAAUAGCAUUAGCGGCAGCAGUAGCAGCAGCAGCAGCAGCAGCAGCAAUAACACCAACAAUAGCAACAACAAUAGCAAUAACAAUAGCAAUAGCAAUAUGAAUAGCAAUAUGAAUAUGACUAUGAAUAGUAAUACUAAUAGUAAUACUAGUAGUAAUAACAGCAUUAACAAUAGCAAUACUAAUGAUGGUGGUAAUAAUUCAGAGGUCAACUUGAUGGGGAUUUUGAGUAGCAUGGGACUUGUGGGAACUGGUGUCCGACAAAGUUCUGUGAGUCAUAAUAACAAUACCAACCAAAGAGGGUCAUUAUCAUCAUCAUUAUCAUCAUCAUUAUCGUCAUCGUCAUCGUCAUCAUCAUCGUCGUCGUCAUCAACAUCAUCUUCAACAUCUGCUUCUACUAAUGAGGAUAAUUAUGGAAUAAAUAGUGUGGCAGCAAUGCACAACAGUAUAAAUUUUUUAAAAUCUCUUGAUCUUGUGAAUUACAUGAAUACGAUGGGGGGAGGAGAUGUCAAGGAUGAAGAAAAUUGA